AUGCUGACUGUGGCACCAUAUGUGACCGGCCCAUGCAAUGUUGAUACUGGGACUCCGCAAUUGCGGGCGAACCAUGAGCUCUAUGCCAUCGCUUUGUUCGAACUUGGCAGGGUGCUGAACCCUGCAAACGGGAGAGCUAUUCUUAUCACCACGGCCACUGAGUCGAACAACUCUGCUAUGGAAACUGCAAUUGCCUCGGCUAAACUGCAGCUAGUUAGACGCAUAGGCUUCAGGUUUGGGGGACACCGAGACCGUCUCUGCUGCGCUAUGUAUUGCUUGGCCACAACAUCCUUGGCGUCCACCGCCAUGUUUGAUUGGAGAUGCGUUCAGCGGAUGGAGAACCUGGCGGGUUCUGAGGAUCUCAUUUGGAAGGCUGCCAAGCCCAUGCUGCAGGUGUACAUUCCGCUCAAGGCCUGCGACGCUUUUGGUCCACGAGAGCGGGUGCAGGGAAGCCACAGCCACAGCGACAAGUCAGUGAACGAGCUCUCGCUUCAGGCAGAGAAGCAUGGAAGUCUAGCGAAUUCUGAAUGUUUGGCACAAAGUGCCCCAGCUUUCCAAGGCAAAAGGCUUCACAAGGCCACUGAUGUCACGGAUACGGCCACUGGAAAGCGCAUCAAAGGUGGCAUCAAAGGCCUCAGGGACGCUGCAAGACAGGCUUUCGAUGAGUUGGACUCCUCAUGCUUUUUCUACAUAGUUUACGGCAUGGAGAAGCAUUGCAGUUAUUGCAGUUAUUGA